AGCGCGGCUCCAGCAGGCGCCGCUCACCUGCGCAGCCCUCCCAUCCCUGCCGAGCCACGGCGUCUCUCUCUCAGGCCAUGUCGCCGCCGUGCCGCUUCGAGGACACGGCGGUGCUGGGGCCGUCGUGCGGCGCCGGCUUCGCGCUCUUCAUGUCGCUGGUGGAAGCGGUGCUGCGCUCGCGCUGCGACGUCUCCGACGCCUGCAGGCGCGCCGGCCGCGACGCGGCGCGGGUGCUGCGCGACGGCGACGCCGCCGACUACGUGGUGGUGGGCGCCGGCGUCGCGGGGCCCGUCGUCGCCGCCCGCCUCGCCGAGGAGCCCGGCGUCUCCGUGCUGCUGCUGGAGGCGGGCCCCGAGGAGCCGACCAGCACGCAGGUGCCGUGCUUCGCGACGCACGCGGUGGGCACGUCGCUGGACUGGAACUUCACGACGACGCGGCAGGAGGGCGCGUGCCUGGCGACGGGCGGCGUGUGCCGCUGGCCGCGCGGCAAGAUGGUGGCCGGGACGGGAGGCAUGCACGGCAUGAUGUACACGCGCGGCCACCGCGGCUGCUACGACGGCUGGGCGCGCGCCGGCAACCCGGGCUGGCGCUACGACGACGUGCUGCCCUACUUCAAGAAGGCCGAGCGCAACCUCAACCCCGACCAGGUGCGCCGCUCGGCUCGGCUCGCUUCGCAGGCAGGCGGUGGCGGGGGCGGGGGUGCGGAAGGUGUGGCAGCGGGCCGGUGGCACGGCGCGACGGCCGCGGUAACAGGUGUGCCGACAGGGGGAGGGAGUGGAAGAACAGCAGAGCAGCCAGCGUGGCACAUCGCAUUUCACUGGCCGCGUUCAUCUCGUCGAGGCAAAAGCACGACACGCCAGAUCCUUUACUUCACGCUCCGCAGUGUAGCGGAACGUGGAAUUACACGCUGUGACGUCACCAGUACCACGCGCGUUUUCGCGUCCCGCGAGAGGACGGCCUUCCGUAAGAUAGACGCCCACGUAAACUGCGAGACACUUUCGUGGCACGCUCGCGUGUUAGUUACGGGUGAUGCGGCAGCGCAGAUGGAGAUGGAGUUCCACGGCGCGGAGGGCGCGAUGCCGGUGCAGCAGUUCCCGCACCGUCCCGCUAUGUCGGAGGUGAUCGUGGCGGCGCUGCAGAGCAUGGGCUACCGGCGCGGAGACCUCAACGGCGCCAACCAGACGGGCGUGAACGUGGCGCAGAUGAUGGUGGAGGGCGGCCUGCGCGCCUCCACGGCGCGCGUCUACCUGCGCCCGCUGCACAACAGCACCCGGCUGCGCGUCGCCAUAGGCGCUCACGUCACCAGGGUGCUGAUCGACCCGGCGAGCCGCCGCGCGCGCGGCGUGGAGUACGUGGACGGCGCGGGCGCCACGAAGCGAGCGCUGGCGCGGCGCGAGGUGAUCCUGAGCGCGGGCGCCAUCGGCUCCCCGCAGCUGCUGAUGCUGUCCGGCGUGGGGCCCAGCGAGCACCUCACCGCCCUCGGCAUCAAGACGGUGCGCGACCUGCCCGUGGGGGAGAACCUGCACAACCACGUGUCGGCCGGCCUGGGGUUCUGGGUUCGGUCCCCGGGGCCGGGCCGGCGCGCCCUCAACGCCGACACGCUGGACGCCUUCCUGCGCACCCGCGGCGGGCCCAUGGCCAGCACCGGCUUGACUCAGACCACCGCCUUCGUGCUCUCACAGUACGCCAAGGACGGCGUGCCUGACCUGCAGAUGUUCUUCGACGGCUACUCGGCGCGGUGCUCGCGCGCGGGCGAGCCGGGCGAGUGCGAGUCGGACUCGUGCGGGCCCGCGUACGUGUUGGCGCGGCCGACCGCCGUGCGCGUGGAGAGCCGCGGCCGGCUGCGGCUGCGCAGCGCCGACCCGCGGGCGCCGCCGCUGCUCGACCCGCGCUACCUGUCGCGGCCGCGCGACCUCGCCGUGCUGGCCGACGGGCUGCGGCUGGCGGCGCGCGCCGCCGCCACGCCGCCCAUGCGCGCCUGGGGCGUCGCCGUCGACGACGCGCCGCGCCCCGGCUGCCGGCACCUGCCCUUCGCCUCCGACCAGUACUGGCGCUGCGUCGCGCGCGUCCACACCGGGCCCGAGAACCACCAGGCCGGCACGUGCAAGAUGGGCCCCUCGUGGGACUACACGGCCGUGGUGGACGCCCGGCUGCGCGUCCACGGCGUGGCCGCGCUGCGCGUCGUCGACGCCUCCAUCUUCCCGGAGGUGCCCAACGGCAACCCCGUGGCGCCCAUCAUCAUGGUGGCCGAGAAGGCCGCCGACAUGAUCAAGGAGGACUGGCGGCGCGCGCACCAGCACUAGCAUCUGGGCAGUCACUACUGCCGCUGCCGUUCCAAUCACUUCCGUCAUCACAGGGGUCGUCGGACUCGUCGCGGUCACCAUCACCGUCGCCCUCCCCACUUCCCGUCGGCACCGUCCUUUCUCGACAGUUCAGAUAACCUUCUCGUGGUGUUGCCAACCACGCCGCAGUCAUCGUCGGAAACAGCACGACUCACCUCAUCGUUACGAUGAAUAUUAUUCAUUUAAAUCCCGUCACUACUUGGAAAAUAGAGAGGCAGUCUGUUUUACGGUUUAACGUUUUCUCAUUCUAAUACCUUGCUGUUGACCAUAUGGGUACGGGAGUUGCAUCUGUAUCUAUGUUUAUUCUUCGAUACAGAACAGGUUUCAUGAUCAAACGGUGCUCGCUGUUCUGCUUCCAAAUCUGUUCUUUUUCCGAUCUCUCCAAGUAUACGGUGACAGAAGCCAGAACUUCGGCCGAUCAGAUCUUCCAGCACUCAUUACCCUUUUGUAUUUCCCGUAUCAGCUGAUGGCAACAACGGCCUUGCCGCAGUGGAUACACCCGUUCCAAUCAGAUCACCGAAGCUAAGCGCAGUCUGGCGUGGCCUGCACUUGGAUGGGUGACCAUCCGGGCCGCCAUGCGCUGUUGCUAUUUUUCUGGGUGCACUCAGCCUCGUGAUGCCAAUUGAGGAGCUGCUCGACCGAAUAGUAGCGGCUCCGGUCAAAGAAAACCAUCAUAACGACCGGGAGAGCGGUGUGCUGACCACACGCCCCUCCUAUCCGCAUCCUCAGCUGAGGAUGAUACGGCGGUCGGAUAGCCCCUGUAGGCCACAUGUGGCCUGAUGACGGAGUACUACUUACUUUUUUUAUCAGCUGAUACUUUUUUUACAAUUUUCAGCACAACUGCAAUGUCAUUCUAAAUUUUAUUUAAAUUAAUUUUUCUAGGAAGGUGGGAAUUAGGGAGAGAGGGAGAGAUUUCCGUUUCACACAAACACAAUGGAGUACCAAGCUAUCUUCAUGUACAAUGGGCGACUUCUAAUCUUGCUAUAGUUGUAGAAUACCAAAUAAUCAAAGUUGUUGCAAAAAUUAAACACUUAAGUACAACGCAAAAAUCAAACAGGCUCACUCUGAAAAAUAUCUCUCGCAACUACAAAGAAGCUAGUAAAUUCUAAUCACGAGAUAAGAAACAAUUUGCGGGAGUUUAUUCAUCCAACAGUUCACCAUUAUACGGCCAUACAGUCUCAAAAACGUUACUAUUUCGCUUUUUCAGUCGACAGGAAAAAACGAAAUUUCUCGAAAUGGGUGUUGCUCUUAAGGCUACUACGGGUUUGUUUACAACGGCUUAUAUACAAUGAUAUAAGCCACACUACCAGAAGGACACAGCUUUCCUACGACAGACAAUUAUUUAACAGGAUACAUCACACAGUUAUUACAAUCAUUUGGAACUUUUUAGUCAUAAAAUAAUAAUCCAGAAAGUAGCUAUUCAGUUUUCUGCAUAAUACUGCAGGUAUACAGAGAACUACGAAAAAUUGCAUUAAGGUAAAAAAUGUAAAAGUAAUGACAUAAAAUAAAUAGUCUUUCUGAAACGAAAUAUUUCGAUUACACACAAUUUUGGAAAUGAUUUGACAAUUUAGUUUACAAGUGAAAUGGGUGAGCGACGGGAUUAAAUACAGACAGUACGGAAAUACUUUAAGCUUUUUAAGUGUACUUGCUCAGCACAAUAUAUGUUGUUCCUCAGUCAUGGAAAGUGCCAUUAUCAACGGCUGUGAAAGUGUUCCUUCACGUCUCAUUAGAAAUUUUUCCUACUAACAGUUGUACGACAGCAAUGUGUGUGACUGUGUCGUAUCUGCAGGCUGUUAAAUGUUGUGCUGUUGAAUGUGGUGAUAUCUAAUCAUCAUUGAAGCAGGUCAAAGUAAAAAUAAAGCAUUGUUAUAAAUGAAAAACGUGUGUCCCCUACAUCGAGUCCAGCCUUGGACACUAGUUUAGCGGGUAGCACCUCAACUCCAAUUUGAUGGACACUGUUAUGACUGAAAGAACACCGAAGUGCACAUGGAUUGACGGAAGCAGCACCACGCGUAAAAGAUUAACUUUACAUCGUUGAAGAACUUUCAAACUGAA